AGAAGAUUUUUAAGUGUAAUUCAUUCAUCUUCUUUGUGUAGCAUUUCAAAAUGGCCGAUGCAAAGACCAUAUGCAAGAGCCCCACACAUCAUGACCCACUAAACUGGGGCGUGGCGGCCGAGUCCCUUAAGGGAAGCCAUCUUAAUGAGGUGAAGCGCAUGGUGGAAGAGUACCAGAGCCCCCUUGUCAAGCUCGAUGGUGAAACCCUCACUAUCUCCCAAGUGGCUGCUAUUGCUACAAGGCACUCCCAUGUUGCUGUGGAGCUUUCAGAGUCUACUAGAGCUGGCGUUAUGGCUAGUAGUGAUUGGAUUAUGGAGAGCCUGAAGAAAGGCACGGAUAGUUAUGGAGUCACUACUGGCUUUGGUGCUAACUCUCAUAGAAGGACCCAACAAGGUGGAGACCUUCAAAAGGAGCUUAUUCGAUUUUUGAAUGCUGGGAUCUUUGGAGAAGAGGCUGAGUCGAGCCAUGCUUUGUCUCACUCCGCUACAAGAGCGGCCAUGUUAGUGAGAGUCAACACUCUUCUUCAAGGCUACUCGGGCGUUAGAUUUGAGAUUUUGGAAGCCAUAACCAAACUCUUGAACCAUAACGUAACUCCAUGCUUGCCUCUUCGUGGAACCGUUACUGCUUCUGGAGAUCUUGUUCCUCUUUCUUACCUUGCUGGACUGCUCACUGGUCGGCCGAACUCAAAAGCUAUUGGUCCGAAUGGAGAGAGUUUUGGUGCAAAGGAAGCUUUUCAAAAAGCUCUUAUUCCUUCUGGGUUCUUUGAGUUCCAACCUAAAGAAGGUUUUGCUAUUGUCAAUAGUACUGCUGUUGGCUCUGGGCUGGCUUCGAUUGUUCUGUUUGAUGCCAAUAUUUUGGCUGUUUUGUCUGAGAUUUUGUCGGCCAUUUUUACUGAGGUUAUGCAAGGAAAGCCUGAAUUCACCGAUCAUUUGACGCACAAAUUGAAGCAUCAUCCUGGUCAGAUCGAGGCUGCUGCAAUCAUGGAACACAUCUUGGAUGGAAGUUCUUACAUGAAAACUGCAAAGAAAUUGCAUGAAACCGAUCCUCUCCAGAAGCCAAAGCAAGAUCGUUAUGCUCUUAGAACUUCUCCUCAAUGGCUUGGUCCAUUGAUUGAAGUGAUUCGAUACUCAACAAAGUCUAUUGAGAGGGAGAUUAAUUCAGUCAACGACAACCCUUUGAUUGAUGUUUCAAGAAACAGGGCUCUGAAUGGAGGCAACUUUCAAGGAACACCAAUUGGAGUCUCCAUGGACAACACUCGAUUGGCCAUUGCUUCAAUUGGGAAGCUCAUGUUUGCCCAAUUCUCAGAGCUUGUCAAUGAUUUCUACAAUAAUGGGCUACCUUCAAAUCUCUCUGCAAGUAGAAACCCAAGUUUAGAUUAUGGAUUUAAAGGUGCUGAAGUUGCCAUGGCUUCCUAUUGCUCUGAGCUUCAAUAUCUUGCAAAUCCAGUGACAACUCACGUACAGAGCGCUGAACAGCACAACCAAGAUGUUAACUCUCUUGGUUUAAUCUCUUCAAGAAAAACAGCUGAAGCCAUUGAUAUUCUGAAACUCAUGUCAUCAACAUUUUUGGUUGCACUCUGUCAAGCAAUCGACUUAAGGCAUUUGGAGGAAAACUUGAAGAGCACUGUUAAAAACACCGUAAGCCUGGUAGCUAAGAAAGUGUUGCCAUCGCCAAGAUUAUGGGAGAAAGAGUUACUGAAGGCUGUCGAUAGAGAGUACACUUUUGGUUAUAUAGAUGACCCAUGUAGUGCUACUUACCCAUUGAUGGAGAAAUUGAGACAAGUUAUUGUGGAGCAUGCUCUCACAAAUGAUGAUGAUGAGAAGAACGAGAACACUUCAAUCUUACAAAAGAUCGCUUCUUUCGAAGAGGCAUUGAGGGCAAUUUUACCAAAAGAAGUUGAGAAGACAAGACUUGCAUAUGAGAGUGGAAAUGCAGAGAUUAAGAACCCGAUUGAGGAAUGCAGGUCUUAUCCGUUGUAUAGGUUUGUAAGAGAAGAAUUGGACACAAAAUUACUGACGGGUGAAAAAGUGAUAUCUCCCGGAGAGAUGUGUGAAAAAGUAUUCACAGCUUUGCGUAAAGGGAAGAUGCUUGAUUCUAUGUUAGAAUGUUUGAAGGAGUGGAAUGGUGCUCCAAUUCCCAUCUGCUAA